AUGGACUUCAACAAUGCUCUGACGGCGCCUCCCCUCCUGGAACAGAGCACCGAGACCGCGGCGGGGACGCGUCGGUAUCGGUCCAAGUCACAGCGGCCUUGCGACCUGUGUCGCGCCCGCAAGGUCCUCUGCAACAUCCCGGACCCAGCGAAGCCCUGCCAGCUGUGCCACCGAACGAGGCGGCCAUGCACAUUUGUCGCCGUGACAAGCAAGAAGCAGAGGACCGGGUCGGCCACGGCCAACACCGCCAACGUCUACGAUGGCAUCGUUCCCGCGCCUGCGGAGAUGCGCCCGGUACCGGAGCCGCCGACGCAGCUGACAGAAAGCGAGUCGCCCGAAGAGACACUGUCCACGGCGGAUGUGCAUCCGUUUGCGAAGUUCAUCUUCGACCCCAGCUGGUCAACAACGGCAGAGGCAAGCACCGACGUCGCCGACAUUGGGCCUCCCGCCGGCGAUGAUCCGGACAGUGUGUUCAACAUUCUGCAAGACACGGAGCUUUCGCACCUGUGGCCGAUGAACAGUCCUGGAUACCCUGGGGCGGGACUGCCGACUGGACACCGCCUCAGCCCACAGAGCGUCAAUGGCUUCCCGUCACCCGGCUCGGGGGCCUCGAUGGACCAGAGACCCAACUACUCCUCUGCUUUCAUCGGGUUCUCGAACGAGUCGGAUCCUUUCAUUCUCGAGCACUUCCCAUACAACAGCGCCGACGAGGUCGAUUUCUUCAUGGUCACGUAUCGCAGGCCUUCCCGGCUGCCCGUGUCUGCCGCCCAUGCGCCUGUGCAUAUCCUUCAGAGCAAGCUGCAGUCGACAUCGCACGGACGAGGGAUUAUUGAAAGCGCCAUGGCCAUUGACAAUGAGCGAGAGAGGCUCGAGAAGCUUGUUGACGUCGAGACAGGCGUCUCUCUCGUAAAUCUGUAUCUGCGUUUCGUCUUCCAGACGCUGCCGAUACUCUCUAGAUCACUAAUCCAGAAUGACGUGCCGCGCUUUGUCAGGUCAGCCUCGCCGGGACUGCUUGCAGGCAUCUAUGCGCUGGCGCUGCCCUUCACGCCAUGGGACGAGCGCCUCUGCAUGAACAACGCCUACUCGAAGCCUAGCUCAGACGGCUUGUGGCAAGUCGCGUAUACUGCUUUACAGAAGGAGUUGCAUGCACCACACCUCUCGACCGUGCAGAUCUUUCUACUAUUGCUGAAUCACGCGUCGUUCGACCCGGUGGCUGUCGACAGUCCUUUCGCGUGGUCCUUGGCCGCAUCCAUGACCGCCGUGGCUCAGUCGCUUGGACUGCACAUGGACCCGACCGACUGGAAGCUUCCUGCGAGUGAGAUCCGGUUACGGAGGCGACUCUGGUGGGCUGUUGUCGUUGAGCACAGUUGGCGCGCCAUCACGCACGGGCAGGCCUCGAUGCUGCACGACGAUGAGUGGAGUGUGACGCCGCUCGCAGAGGACGACUUUGUGAUGGACGUUCCCUCUGAUAGCGCACAUGUUCAACCAGACCAUUUCCUACGACUAUGCAGCCUGACACAGAUCACCAAUGGCAUACGUCGCCAAUUCUUCUCCCUCCGCGCCGUCUCACAACCACAAUCGCUCGAUACGCUCAUCGAGCUGGCCAAGUGGCCUCGCCAGCAGCUUCACGAGUGGCUCGAAGGUUUACCGGAAUCCCUUCGUAUGGGAGCUCAGCAAGACGACCAUGACAACGAAUCUCCGCAGAGCCAAGGCUCCCUUCAUUUAGCAUACUUUACAGCGCAUAUUCUACUUCUCCGCGCUCUGCUUCGGCCGAUUGUCAGCAAGGACGCCGAUCCGAAAUUCACAUCAUCGACAGCCCCCAUGGUAUUGCAAGCGUCGCGGGCGCUAAUGCAGACCAUGAUCGACUUCGUUCGAGGUCUAGACGUUAAACACAGGUCAGGGUUCUGGCCGGCGUACAACCGACACUGCUUUUGCUAUCCAGGUCUGUUCUGCUACAUGCUGUGCCUGCAGCCAGUGGAACCGCACAUGGUCGCCGCCGACCGACGACUGCUGGCAAAGUGGAGGAACGUGCUGCGUACAAGAGUGCAGUCGUGGCAAUUGCUGCGAUUUGCUAUUGUCAAGGUGGAUGCUCUAUUCUGGAAGAAGCUCGACAAUUUGGUUGAGUCACCCAACGCCUGCUAA